AUGAAGAAAGCGAUCAUGGCGCAAGCGGCAGACCUUCCUCUAGGGAUAGACACCUUCUCCUCUCAUACGCAUCUGCUGAAACAUUGGAAGGGGAGAAGCAUGAGAUGGAAGCAAACGUGUGACAGCUUCAUCAGCUCCCCGUUCUGUGUCCGGCCAGCGGCGGACAGCAGAGAAGCGGUCUUAAGAGAGAGGUUGGUGUUCAAUAAAGCAUCUUUGCUUCACACCCCUAUCGGCGGACAAAAAGAUAGUGAGAAUCUCCUGGAAACACGCGUCGGAGAGCUGCUGGUGGACAUCGGAGGAGAGCUGGUGUUGAAGCAGCAGAGGGAGCUCUCGCGCCAACUUGGUGGUAGCGGUCCGGCGAGACUUGCGGUGAAGGCGCUAGUCACCAUGCCAGCGGCGUGGUUGCAACUGCUGGGUUUUCCCUCAGCUCCCCCCUGCUCGGCUGACUCUACUCCUCCGCUGAACAUUCUAGAGGGUGGGGGGGUGAUUCCCAUCAAGAGGAUGAGGGAGUGCUGGAAAACGGCCUACCAGGAGUCACGCAAGAGGGAAAAGUGGGCCAGAAGGUGGGGAAGGCACAUUAACUGGAGGCGGGUGGUGACUACACGGGACUCGCUGGCCGUUCCCAGCCGUCCACGUGACGUCCUCCUCCGAAUCCACGGCUUAAAUUUGCAGGUGGGGGAACGCCUUGCUUUUCUCAGCGGGCAACCAUCCUGCCCUUACUGCGGGGGAGAAGAAACACUGGACCACUGCCUCCUCACCUGCCCUCGGAUCCAGACAGUUACCCCCGCUCUCAGGCACGCCCUGCGCAUGCUGAAUCCCAACCGCCCCACAGCUACGCUCGGGGACCUGCUGUUCCGGAAAAUGGGUUCCAGCUCAGCAUUCCCGGAGCUGACGCUCACGUCCAUCGCCUUCCAUCAGCUGUGGGUUGAAAGUCGUGAGCAGCCAAUGGCCGGCAGCGGCGAGACCGGGGGAGUGUUUGGGUGUGCGCGGCGCGGAUCGGGCGCCGCGCACGGGGGAGCGGAGGCCGGCGGAGGAGCCUCCGCAGGCGGAGCGGGAGGGGGAUCGGCGGAGGAGAGAGCAGUUUGCGCUGGUGGUGGCGGAGAAUACGAUGGAAGCGGCGGGGGAUUGGAAUGGGGGAGCGCGCGGGAGAAGGUGGGGGAAAGAGAGGCGGCUGGUGCGGAUGCGGACGAUGGGGGGGAGCGGGGGGGCACUGCGAGGGAAGCUAUCCGGGAGGGGACGGAAGGGUUUGGGGGAGCGGGGGGGAGAGCUAAUGGCGGAGAUGUGGAGACCGGAGGGGGGGACGCAAGGGGAGGUGGGGAAGAGAGGGAACGAGCGAGGGGAGGGGCAGCAGACGGGGCGGAGCAAGAAAAGUGUGCGGGGGAGGAGGAGAAAGGGGAAGCAGAAAGAGAAAGAGCAGGAGGAGCAGGAUCAGAAUCAGGAGCAGAUGGGGAUGGAGGAGAAAGUGGGGGGGGAAGGGGAGGGGACGGAGGAGGAGGGGAAGAAGGGGAAGCAGGGGAAGGGGACGAAGCGGGAGGAGGGGUUGAGAGCGUGGCGGAGCGCAUGGCGCGGCACGUGGAGGUGGUGAGGGCGGUGGAGAAGGCGCGCAUGGUGGCACUGCUGAGAGCGUUCCUGCAGGCACGGCACAUCAAGACAGACAGCGUCCCGUGCCUUGUGGACGAGGGCCUGUACCUGGGGUCGAUAGGCGCGGCGCACAACAGGGACCUGCUCAAGCGCAGCAACGUGACUCACGUGCUCACAGUCGCCAACUCCAUCCUGCCGGCGCACCCCCGCGACUUCCAUUACACGCUCAUCAAUGUUCUAGAUUCCCCCGAAGUAGACCUCAUCUCCCGCUUCCAAGAGUGUUUCGCUGUUAUCGACACAGCCAAAGCAGCGGGGGGCUGUGCGCUCGUGCACUGCUUCGCCGGGCGCUCCCGCAGCGUGACCGUGGUGGUGGCGUAUCUCAUGGCCCGCCGCGCCAUGACUGUGGAUGAGGCUCUGGCGCUCGUGAGAGGACUGCGGCCCGAAGCGAACCCGAAUGCGGGGUUUGUGCAGCAGCUGAGGGAGUGGGAGGCGCAGCUAAGGGAGCAAGGGGUUCUACCACCACUGCCGCCGGUGCCUCCAGUGCUGGUAGUGCCAGCAGGAGAGGGAGCAGUUGAGAUGGGAGGUGUGGAAGGAGAGGGGGUGGGUGAGGAGGUAGGAGAGAGAGGCUUGUUGAAAGGAGGGGAGGUACUGGGUGAGAGAGAAGGCGGGGCAGAAGAGGACCGGGGGGAGGAAGGAGAGGGAGUUGCAUCAGGAGGUGCAGCAGCGGGAGCAGCACCUGAAGCAGUGUGA